UUCUUUUCCUCAUAAGCUUUGUCCACUGAACCAUGGCGGUGUUAGUGCCUACAAAAAGAAGCCAUUACUAUUUCUCUCUGUAAACCCUGGAUUACAGAUGCUAUGUAUUGCCAAUGGAUAGGCUGUGAAGCCACCGGUCGGCCAUAUUGGCACUACCCAGUAGGAUUUGUGACGUGAUGCGCAUCCACGAUGUGUGACAUUUGAAGAACAAUUGAGUUCGGAAGAAAAAUCUUGAUUCCAGUGGAAUCUUAAAAUAUUUUUUAAACACUUGCACACACACCCACCCAACCCCUACACACGCUGCCCAGCCAUGCCCGUGCAAGCCCCACAAUGGACAGAGUUCCUGCUGUGUCCCAUUUGCACUCAGACGUUCGAGGAGACGGUGCGGCGGCCCAUUUCGCUGGGCUGUGGCCACACAGUCUGCAAGAUGUGCCUGAACAAGCUGCACCGCAAGGCCUGCCCCUUCGACCAGACGGCCAUCGCCACUGACAUUGAGCAGCUGCCCGUCAACACAGCCCUGCUGCAGCUGGUGGGGGGACAGGUUCCCAAGAUCCAGCCGGUGGCCCUUAUCACCAGCCCAGAAGACGCGCAGCACUAUGAGGAGGCCAGUCAGUGUGUGGAGGAGCUGGCCCUCUACCUCAAACCCCUCAGCAACACCAGAGGGGUGGGUCUGAGCAGUACGACCCUGAGUAUGCUGAGUCGACCCAUGCAGAGGAAGCUGGUGACCCUGGUCCACUGUCAGCUGGUGGAGGAGGAGGGCCGGGUGCGGGCCAUGAGGGCAGCAAGGUCUCUGGGGGAGCGCACAGUCACAGAGCUCAUCCUGCAGCACCAAAACCCCCAGCAAUUGUCGUCCAAUUUGUGGGCCGCCGUCCGGGCCAGGGGCUGCCAGUUCUUGGGUCCAGCCAUGCAGGAAGAGGCUCUGAAGCUGGUGCUGCUGGCUCUGGAGGACGGCUCGGCCCUGUCCAGGAAGGUCCUGGUGCUGUUCGUGGUCCAGCGGCUGGAGCCACGCUUCCCCCAGGCCUCUAAAACCAGCAUAGGCCACGUGGUGCAGCUCCUUUACAGGGCCUCCUGCUUUAAGGUGACCAAGCGGGACGAGGACUCGUCGCUGAUGCAGCUGAAGGAGGAGUUCCGGACGUACGAGGCACUGCGGCGCGAACACGACUCCCAGAUUGUCCAGAUCGCCAUGGAGGGCGGCCUCCGCAUCGCCCCUGACCAGUGGUCCUCCCUGCUCUACGGGGACCAGUCUCACAAGUCCCACAUGCAGUCCAUCAUCGACAAGUUGCAGACACCGGCUUCAUUUGCCCAGAGCGUUCAGGAGUUGACCAUCGCCCUGCAGAGGACAGGCGACCCUGCCAACCUUAACCGCCUCCGACCACACCUGGAGCUCCUGGCCAACAUCGACCCGAGCCCCGACGCCCCCCCUCCCACGUGGGAGCAGCUGGAGAAAGGUCUGGUGGCGGUGAAGACUGUAGUCCACGGCCUGGUAGAUUUCAUCCAGAACCACAGCAAAAAGGGAGCCGACCCACAACAGCCCCCCCAGCACAGCAAGUACAAGACUUACAUGUGUCGGGACAUGAAGCAGAAGGGAGGCUGUCCUCGAGGAGCCAGCUGUACCUUCGCCCACUCUCAGGAGGAGCUGGAGAAGUACCGUAAAAUGAACAAGCGUUUGGUAGCUCGCCUCCCUGGCUCAUCUGGCCUGCUGUCGGACGAUGGACUCUCUUUGGACGUGGGAGUGACCCGGAAACCCUCGCCCCUCACCAACGGCUCAGCUGUACCCCCCAUGCCCCAGCUCAUCGCCCGUGGCACCGACCUUGUGACCUACGACCUGUUGCGCAAGCCCAAGAUGGACGGCGGGAGCAACAGCUCCCCGGGAUCGCCCCCUGACUCUCUGGACUCGGGGCCCAAACAAGGGUACCCCCAGCCACCCCAUGCCAUGGGCUACUCCAGGGGGCCAGGAGACCACAUGUCCAUGCCCAAGCAGAUGCCCAGUGGUGUGGUGCCCCGGGGGCCUCAGAUGUACCCGCAGCAGCUACCUGAGAUGUACUACUCUGACUCUCGCCCCCCGCCCUCCUCCUCGCAGUACGACCCCUCGCAGUAUCCCCAAGGUUACCCCUACCAGCAGCCCCCCCAGUACGCCCCCCAGCGCUACAUCCGCAACCCCCCUCCCCCCAGCGAGCCCGCCGGACUCCCCUACCAGGACCCCUAUCCUGACUACGGCCCACCCGAUCGCCCUUACCCGGCCCCCCACUCGGGCCCUCCCUUUUCCUACCCUCCCCCAUCCCAUUAUGACACCCGGGGUCGUCACGGCCCUUACCCCGGCCCCCCUCCUCCGCCCCAGCCCUACCCCUCGCAGAGGGACGACAUGGUUCGGAUGAGCCCCGCACCCCUGGAAGGGCCCCCUUACCACCAGGAGCAGGCUGCCAGGGAGAGGUAUCCCCCAGAAGGAUUCUACCCACCGGGGGCCCAGCCCCAACCCUUGAGGUCCUACGUCAGAGAGCCGUACGGGCGCUCCUCCCAGCCCAGCCUAGACUACUUGCACCACCGCCGUAAGGAGCUGAUGGCCCAGCUGGAGGAGAGGAAGGUCAUCGCUCCCUCGCCCACCCUCCCCCACACCUUCCCCAGCGACUACCCCCCAGAAUAUGGGGAGGAGAGCUCCAAAGCCUUUGGGAAGUGCAGGGAGCCCGACUACGCGGGCCAGUACUCUCCCUGGUCCUGUGACACCAUCGGCUCCUACAUCGGCACCAAGGACUCAAAGCCCAAAGAUGUCAUGGCGCCCGGGGCCAUGGAGAUGAUGAAUGUGGACGGUAAAGGUAGGCGGGGGGAGCCCUCCAUGGAGGCCCAGGUCAGGCGGGGGACAGAGGUGAAGGACGAUGACCCCAUCAUCCCUUUCGGCCCCCAGCCCACUGUGUCACGCUUCGGGGCCAUCUCACGCACCUCCAAGACAGGCUACCAGACGACAGGCCCCAUGCAGGCCUUGGGCUCCACCCAGGGACCCAACCCCAAGCACAUGGCCAUAGCCGCGGAGUACUCCUAUGAGAACCACGGAGGCUGGGGCGGAGCCUCCUACCCCUCCCACCAAACUGUCUCCUCCUCUCAGGGACACUUCAGUGAAAGGCUGCCUAUGCCAACUCAGGACAGAGAGCAGCUGAAGACUGAGCUCCAACAGGUCAACCAGCAGAUCAACCAACAGUCUCAGAUCCACAGCAUGGAGCUCUCCCAGCCAGGUCAGAACCAGGGCCAGCAGGGGGGGAAGUGGCCUGGUCCAGCGGGGGGUUCUGGCAGCGCUGCCUCAGUGUCCAGCGAACAGCUUAGCAUGGAACUCCACCAAGUGGAGAGGGAGAUCGGCAAGAGGACCCACGAGAUGGACAUGGACAGCCAGGUGGCUCAUGAGGUCCUGUACAAGAUGAAGACUGCAGAGAAUGGUCAGCAGGACCACAAGGCCCAGCUGGAGGAGAUUGCUAUGGCCCUGGGUGAGGUGUCGAAUGGCUCCAGCGGUCUAGUUCAGGAUGGCGGUGUGGGCGGAGCUAUGCUGUCACUGACCACUAGGGCGUCAUCGCUUAGCCUGUGUUCUGAACCAGGACCCGGGGGCUCUGAUCUGCAGAAGAACGGUGUGGUCCAUUCCUGCUCCUAGACCAUAUACACUGCGACACACACACUCAGAGCCUUUGUUCUAAAGCAUGCACACACAUACUUGUUUUAUUUAGAGGAUGAGCAGUAUCUGCCGUGAUAUGAAUUUUCUUUCUUUUUGUUCUGUGAAUGAGCAUUUUCUUUAUUUUUUUGUGACUUUCAUCGCCUGGAAACCAUUUGAUGACAUUUAUUUCUCUUGUGUUUUUUUUUUUACUGGGAUUAUAAAAAAAGACUCUCAAAGUAGAUAUGUCAAAAAAAGCAGAUGAUGAUGAUAAUUGUUCAAAGAAGGCUAUCCCUCCUACGUAGAUAUCACAUAUCAAGACACGUAGUGCAUCGAAGGGUGGAUUAUUUCUCAAUUCUGCCCCUCUAUUUUUUGUGCCCGUUACCAGGGUAAGCAACUUGCAGGGACCUUAAUUACCCCCAAAGAUGGUUUUAAGGCUGUGAAAUGUAAACGUUCAAUUUCGUAACCAAUUUAGUAUCGAAUCCUAACUCUGGUCGUUUUGGUCUUAUGUACGACAUAACUAUCAAAAGUCUUGGUGUUUUACGACGUAGUUAUGUCAGCUGUCAUAAGUAUCAUGUGUCUGUUUAUAAUGCAUUAUAGCCUGGUAUUUUAUAAGGCAAGACAGUUAAGGACAAAUUCUUAUUUACAAAGACGGCCUAGGAACAGUGGGUUAACUGCCUUGUUCAGGGGCGAAACGACCGAUUUUUAACCUCGUCAGCUCGGGGAUUCGAUCUAGCAACCUUUCGGUUACUGGCCCAACGCUAACCACUAGACUACCUGCCACCCCGGUAUGACACGUUGUUUCUUUCUGAUGCCUUUGACAGCUAACUAAUGGUUAGUCAGUGUAGUAACCGUUCUGUUGGCGUUCAGUAAUAAAGGUGUAACCACUAGUGUUCAGGAAUACGCCACCCCCAGAAUCGUAAAACGUGUUUGACCAGAUGGGGGGGGGCGUUCCACCAACGAUCAGUCAACCCUCAGAGCCAAACAAGACAAUGUCGCUUCAAGCCACAUGCCGUAUUUAACCCUCCAUGAGAAGUCUGAUUUUAUUAGUGCAUUUUAUGAAUACAUCGUAUGUCUGUUUCAUACUUGAAAAGCAGUAUCUUAUUAACCAAAGCAUUCUGUUUUAAAGAUUGCAAAAUGUAUCUUUUUGAUAAUGAGCUUUUCUCAUGUUUUCUAUAAGGGAACAUACUAUGUGCUUCUCGUGGGAUGUGGUGUGACUUGCUGCAGAAAUGUCUUGUUUGUACUUUGAUGGGCUGGAAUUCAAUCGAACUUGCAGUGCGGAAAUGCACAUUCCAGGGAGUGUAACACAACAUUAAUUUUCACACUGCAGGAAGAACAUUUUCCACGUUGCGAGAGAGAUUGAAUCCCCUCCCAGUGUGAAUUGAAUCAUAUGGGGUGAUUGGUGUUUUUGUUCUUCGUCUUCCUCAGAGCUCCUUAUCUGGUCAUUGAAAAGGCCUCCCCAUUGGGAUUCUUGUCAUUGGUUCUCCUUAACUUCUAUGAAGUUGCGUUCCCUUGUUUGUUUUUUUGCUUGCGUAAAUUGCAAUUUAAGGGGGUGUGGCCUGCCUGAACACUAGUCUGUAAUUGGAGGGGAAGUAAAAUGGUUCAAUAUGCACAUUUUCUUUUGCUCCUCUUGUUAUUAAUACGUGUGUUAAAGGUGUCUGUAGUCUGCCAAACAGUCCUUUCAAUGGUUUGUGCGUCAAUGUCAACCGUUAGAGUAGCGUACGUGUCUUAAAUAACUGUCAUUCUACAGGCUUAAAAAAAAGUCCUAUCCCUUUUUUUGUUUUUAACCGUGUACUAUUAGUUCAUUUUAGAACAAGUCUGUAUCAAGACACAUAUUCAGGGUAUCUUAGUGGAUUCAAAACCCAGGACUUUGGCCCACACAUGUGAGGCUUAAAGCAAGCAGCCAGAGUGUGUUGCCCCUCAAAAAGCCUCUAGUCAAAGUCUGGAUCUUUUUAAUUCUAUUUUUCACUAUAUCGUUUUCUGGUGUUAUUAUUAUUAUUGGAAGCUAUAAAAACAAAGAGUUGCACAAUCCAUAUGUAUAACUCACAGUAAUAUAUUGGGUAAAAAAAAACCCACAAAUGUUUCGGCAUCACUGCCUUUCGAAACGUUAAUGCUUUUUUUACCCAAUAAAUUACUGGGAGGUAAAACGUAUGGAGUGUGCGACUUUGUUUUUAUAGCUUACAGUUUAUUCACCAUUAGUCAACCUCUACACUAAAUAAUGUUCUCUGGGUGUGCGCCAGCUCAUGCUUUUUAUUAUUAGGAUUAUUACUUUAUUAUUGAUGUUCUGUCAUGGUAAUUGUUUAUCGCUGAUGCUCGUUAAGGAGCUCUAUUCCUUUUUGUAAACAAUUGUCAUGGUUAGCCAUUGGAGAAAAAAGCUGCGCUAAAAUGCAAAGAGGUUGAUCCCAGUGCUCAAACGGUUACGAGUACACGGAAUGUCGGUGACGAUCGAUCGGGUUUCAUAAUUUGGGUUCAGGAAAAAAAAGAACUGUCCGCGAUCAGUGUAGAUGGGUGUUGAGGGCCAGGGUCAGUUAUAGGGUGUUCGUUUUUUUUUUUUUUUCAACCACACUUCAUGCCUCUUGGGCUACUCUUUGCAAUAUUUUAUUGUUUAGGUAAACAACUCACUUAUACAUAUGAGUAUGUAUACAUACAUUAAUAUACUAAGCACUAUUAACGUGCCACCUCUUAUUCUACUCGCUCAGCAUUUAUAUUAAAUGAUCUCUACUUAGAAUCAGCUAAAUGUUUUAUAUUAUUUCUCUACUGGUUGCCAACAGACUUUAUCCUUUCCCAGUUGAAGGACUUCUGUGCGCAUUGAUGUGUGUUCACUUAAUCUUUUUGUGUUCAAACAAAGAUAAGUUCUCUACUGAAAUAUGCUUCCGAAAGAAGACACAAUUUAAUGAUGAAAAUUUACAACAACAAUACAAAUGUUUGUGUGCGUGUGUUAGGUUGUAUUGUAGAAAAUGUACACUGUCUUUUUGUCAAAGUAAAGUGCGCUGUGCUGGGUGACGGUGUGGAAAUAUUAGAAAUGUGUUGAGGUUUUCUCUUUUAAGAGGUCAUCCGGGUAAGCAUUUAAUUUAGUCAAAGGCAUGCUUCAUAUUCUCAAGGAAUAGUUCUAGGCCAUUCCUUCCAACAGUAUGAGAUCAUUUGGAAGCACCCUAACCAAAUUGAAAGCAAUCUUAAUUGGCACACUCAUUUUUUUCACCACCAUCACUAAUCACAUGACAGGCAGAGACGCAUGUUUUGUAAUAUUUAGCACAAACAAGGUGUUUCUGCUGGGGAAAAUGUAAUCAACUAGUUGGGUUUGUUUUUCUUUCUUCCUGUCAUUGAGUGAAAUCACUUACUUCCCAGUCUUACAGUGAUCUAUGUAACGCAUCCCAAGGCGACGCAUCAUGUUGUCCAUCCACAGGGAAACUGUCAAACUUGGCGUCACACUUAUCCACACACAGGUUUUCAUUUGUUUCAGAAUAGUCAUGAAAAUGUGCUUACCCUUAAGUCCCUCCAGCUGUGAGCCUUCAAGAGUUCACUUCAAAUUUGUCUAAUGAUUUUAGAUAUCAAAAGUGGUCUGUUGGCUUGAGGCCACAUUCCAUGCAAUCUUUUGUGAAGAUCCAGCUAUAAGCCUCAAUCCCCAAAUCAAUGGCAAAGGUGAACAUAGUCAGUCUAGUUACCUGAACAUAAUUCAGUGCCUAUCAUUUCCACUCAUUCUGGGUUUAAGGCAUAUAGUUUAUAUACAUCUCAAGUGGUUUAACGUUUAUUCAAGGUCAUGUCCCAAACCGUGUGUUUGUGUGUGUGUGUGUAAUGUUUUGGGACGUGACCUUGAAUAAAUGUUAAACCACUUGAGGUCUAAAACGUGCAACAAACUUUGAUUUUGGAGUAAACUGUCCCUUUCUGAAAGCCUAUAGGUGAGUAGAAUUAACAAUUAUAUAGUUUCUAUGGGAAUAGCAAUGAUGUUCAUGUCAGUCUCAUGCUUUCAUUUGUUUCUGAGUGAAACUGCUGCCUACCCCUCCUUCACACAGCCAAUGAACUCUUCCCCCAAACCACAGAACUCGUACUGCUGUUUUGGGCUCACAUUUUAAUUCCUAACUUUUGGGAAAAACUCAAUGGCUGUUUAUUUUAUGAUUAAUCCCUUGUAAAAUAUCUCUUAAAUUAAGGUACAGUUUUAAUUUCAGCAAGAAAAUACGUUUUUAUAUGUAUUAUACUCCAUUAAGGAAUGUUUAGAAUUAUCUUCCUCCAAUGUGGAUGUAGCCAUUAUUACACCAUUUUAUGACUUUGUAAGAGAAUUCACUGUGUGAAAAUUGGUUUGCAUUUUUGUAUAAUACAAUCUGCUUUUUUUGUUUGAUUACGAGAGGGAGGUCAAACUGGAAGUUUUUAAGAGAGAAAUGAACCUGUGAAAUUGAGAAUCUUUUUUUAAUUUAUGUACAACAGUGAUUCUAUGCUGAGGGGGGUGGAUUAAAAGAUAUUGCUAACUCUGA